CGAACUCUUUCACGCCGUCAUCGGUCGCUCUAGGAGCUGCAGGGAGCCAUGGCCAAUUUCGCACGUCCUGUGGCCUCCACCAUCUCGGGAGUGGACUUUGGCGUCUACUCCGAGGAGGAUGUCAAGGCCGUAUCAGUAAAGCGAAUCCACAAUACCCCGACGUUGGAUUCCUUCAACAAUCCUGUUCCUGGUGGUCUAUAUGACUCGGCUAUGGGAGCCUGGGGUGAUCAUGUCUGCACGACUUGUCGCUUGAGCUCAUGGGCCUGUACAGGCCAUCCUGGACACAUUGAGCUCCCGGUUCACGUCUACAAUGUCACGCACUUCGAUCAGAUGUAUCGCCUGCUCAGAGCGCAGUGUAUCUACUGCCACCGUCUUCAAAUCUCUCGGGUUCAAAUCAACAAAUACGCUUGCAAGCUGCGUCUCCUGCAGUACGGGUUAAUCGACGAGGCGGCCGCCAUCGAUGAAAUGGGAGCCGGCGCAGGGGGCAAGUCCAAGGGAGGGAAGAAGGGUGACGCUUCCGGUAGCGAAGAGGAGGAUGACGAUGACGAUAUCAUUGCGCGCCGAGCUACCUAUGUCAAGAAAAGCAUUCGCGAAGCACAGGCAUCCGGCAAACUGAAAGGCCUGAUGAACGGCUCGAAGAACCCCAUUGCGGCCGAGAAUAGACGGGUUCUCAUCAGUGAAUUCUUCAAGGAGAUUGUCGGUGUUAAGAAGUGCGCACACUGCAAAGGAAUGUCACCCGGAUACAGAAAAGAUCGCUACUCAAAGGUCUUCCGAAAAGUGCUGUCUGAGAAAUCGAAACUGGCAAUGGUUACUGGUGGGUUCCAGGCACCGAACCCUCUGGUUCUCCUUCAACAAGCCAGGCAGUUCAACAGCAAGGAGAAAGAAGCCCACUCGACGACCCAUGGUGCCGAAGAGGAGGUGGCUCGCGGAAACGCCGUGUUAUCCCAGAUGGAGAGUACCAAACAAUCUGCUGGGGAGGGCGGCGGCCAGUAUCUUCCGUCUCCCGAAGUCCAUGCGGCGAUCACCUUGUUGUUUGAGAAGGAGGCCGAGAUCUUCAGCCUCGUCUACAACUCCAGGCCGCUGUCGAAGAAGGAAUCUCGCAUCAAUGCGGAUAUGUUCUUCAUCAAGAACAUCUUGGUCCCGCCCAAUAAGUACCGCCCCGCCGCCCAGCAGGGACCGGGUGAGAUCAUGGAAGCACAGCAGAACACGCCCUUGACCCAGGUGUUGAAGAAUUGCGACAUCAUCAAUCAGAUCAGCAAGGAAAGGCAGAACCUGGGGUCCGACUCCGCUUCUCGGCUGCGGGACUAUCGCGAUCUCCUCCAGGCCAUUGUGCAGCUUCAAGAUACUGUCAACGGUUUGAUCGACCGCGAUCGUAGCGGACUCUCCGGGUCAGCCCUCCUCAGCGCCCCCAACGGCAUCAAGCAAAUUCUGGAAAAGAAGGAGGGCCUGUUCCGAAAGAACAUGAUGGGCAAACGUGUCAACUUUGCCGCCCGAAGUGUCAUUUCGCCCGAUCCUAACAUCGAGACCAAUGAGAUCGGUGUCCCGCUUGUCUUUGCAAAGAAGCUGACCUAUCCGGAGCCUGUGACGAACCACAAUUUUUGGGAAAUGAAGCAGGCCGUAAUCAACGGCCCCGACAAAUACCCCGGUGCUUCCGCGAUUGAGAAUGAACUGGGACAGGUCACCAACCUGAAAUUCAAGAGCCUCGACGAGCGAACGGCACUGGCCAACCAGCUGCUGGCCCCGUCUAACUGGCGGAUGAAGGGCUCGCGCAACAAGAAGGUCUACCGCCACCUGACCACUGGCGAUGUCGUGCUCAUGAACCGUCAACCUACGCUUCACAAGCCCUCUAUCAUGGGUCACAAAGCGCGUGUGCUUCCCAACGAGAGGACGAUUCGCAUGCACUAUGCGAACUGCAAUACCUACAACGCCGAUUUCGACGGUGACGAGAUGAACAUGCACUUUCCUCAGAAUGAGCUGGCACGAGCUGAAGCCAUGAUGCUUGCGGACGCGGAUCAUCAGUAUCUGGUCGCAACGUCCGGGAAACCCCUGAGAGGUUUGAUUCAGGAUCAUAUCUCGAUGAGCACAUGGUUCACUUGCCGUGAUAGCUUCUUUGAAGAGGAAGAUUAUCAUCAGCUUUUGUACAACUGUCUACGACCGGAGAAUUCUCAUACUGUCUCGGAUCGGAUUGAGCUCAUGCCACCUAUGGUGAUUCGGCCCAAGCGUCUUUGGACCGGAAAGCAGAUCAUCUCAACGAUCCUUAAGAACAUCAUGCCUCCAGGAAGAGCCGGUCUCAACUUGAAGAGCAAAUCAUCAACUCCUGGUGACCGGUGGGGCGAAGGCAAUGAAGAGGGGACUGUCAUCUUCAAGGACGGAGAGUUGCUCUGCGGUAUUCUUGAUAAGAAGCAGAUUGGUCCCUCCGCUGGCGGUUUCAUCGAUUCCAUUCACGAGAUCUAUGGUCACACCAUCGCUGGCCGGUUGAUGAGUAUUCUGGGCCGGCUGCUCACCAGGUUCUUGAACAUGCGCGCUUUCACCUGCGGCAUUGACGACCUUCGGCUGACGAAGGAGGGUGACCGUGUCCGCAAAGAGAAGCUGAAGGAGGCUGCUAGAAUCGGCAAGGAAGUUGCGUUGAAGUACGUGACGCUCGACCAGACCACAGUUCCCGACCAGGAUGGUGAAUUGAAGCGACGCUUGGAAGACGUUCUCCGUGACGACGAGAAGCAGGGCGGCUUGGAUAGCGUUUCCAACGCCCGGACUGCCACUCUGUCUAGUGAAAUCACCAAGGGCUGUCUCCCGGGAGGUCUGGUCAAACCAUUCCCGUGGAAUCAAAUGCAGUCGAUGACAAUUUCCGGAGCCAAGGGUUCUGGUGUCAACGCCAACCUGAUUUCGUGUAACCUUGGCCAGCAAGUUCUGGAAGGCCGACGUGUGCCCGUCAUGAUUAGCGGUAAAACGCUGCCUUCAUUCCGAGCCUUCGAAACGCAUCCUAUGGCUGGUGGUUACGUCUGUGGUCGUUUCUUGACGGGCAUCAAGCCUCAGGAGUAUUACUUCCACGCAAUGGCCGGUCGUGAAGGUCUGAUUGAUACUGCCGUCAAGACCUCUCGUUCCGGUUACCUGCAGCGUUGUCUGAUCAAGGGUAUGGAAGGGUUGAGAGCGGAAUACGACUCUUCCGUCCGAGAAGCGUCCGAUGGCUCGAUUGUCCAGUUCUUGUACGGAGAGGACGGUCUGGAUAUCACGAAACAGGUCCACUUGAAUGACUUCGAGUUCUUGGCAUUGAACCACAAGUCCAUCAUGUCUCAGGUCAACCUGACGAGCGACUUCCACAACCUAGAAAAGGAGGAGGUUGCCAACUGGCACAAGGAAGCUAUGAAGAAGGUGCGCAAGACAGGUAAACCCGAGGCCAUGGAUCCGGCCCUCUCCAUAUGGCACCCCGGCGGAAACCUUGGCAGUACGUCCGAGGCCUUCUCGCAAGCCCUCAAAAAGUAUGAGGAUAGCAACCCGGAUCAGGUCUUGAAGGACAAGAAGAAGCCUGGCACUGGUGUUAUCAGCAAGAAGGGAUUCAACACGGUGAUGAACAUGAAGUAUAUGAAGUCUGUCGUGGAUCCUGGUGAAGCCGUUGGUAUCGUUGCUGGCCAGUCUAUCGGAGAGCCUUCCACCCAAAUGACCUUGAAUACCUUCCAUUUGGCUGGUCACUCCGCCAAGAACGUCACACUGGGUAUCCCCCGUCUGCGUGAAAUUGUCAUGACUGCCAGUGCCAACAUCAUGACGCCGACGAUGACCUUGAUACUGAACGAGGAGCUGUCUAAGGAACACUCGGAACGUUUCGCCAAGGCAAUCAGCAAGCUCAGUAUCGCCGAGGUCAUUGACAAGGUUCAAGUGAAAGAAAGAGUUUCGACUGGCAAGGUCAAGGCUAAGAUCUACGAUGUCGAAAUUACAUUCUUCCCGCCUGAAGAAUAUAUGGCCGAAUAUGCCAUCAAGGCCAAGGAUCUGCAGAACGCCCUCCAGAACAAGUUCAUCCCCAGGCUGGUUAAACUCACCAGGCACGAAAUCAAGAAGCGUGAUGACGAGAAGACCCUCAAGAAUCAUUCGACGGCCCAGCCCGAGAUUGGUGUCUCUGUCGGCACCACUCAAGAAGCUGCGCGAGGCGGCGAAGGAGAGAUAGGAGCGGCCGACGAUGAUGACGAGGAGGAUGCAGACGAUGCCAAGCGUGCCAGGGGUGCGCAGAACCGGUCUAACCAGGUCUCGUACGAGGGUCCCGAGGAUGAAGAAGUCGAUAUGGUCCGAGCGCAGGAUGACGACGAGGAGGAUGAUGAUGGCAACGCCAAGCCUCGAGACAUCGAGAUGAACGAUGCCUCCGAUGACGGAGACGCCGAAGACCAGGCCCAAGAGAGCAAGCUGCGUGAGGACGACAUCAAGGGCAAGUUUGCCGAGGUUCACAAAUUCAAAUUCAGCCCCUCCGAAGGCAUCUCGUGCACCAUUCAAUUACAAUACGACAUCGCAACCUCCAAGCUGCUGCUCCUGCCGUUGGUCGAAGAUGCCGCCCGCAGCGCCGUCAUCCAGUCAAUUCCCGGCCUGGGCAACUGCACGUUCGUCGAAGCCGAUGUCACCAAGGGUGAGCCUGCCUGCGUCAUCACGGAAGGCGUCAACCUGCUCGCCAUGCGCGACUACCAGGACAUCAUCAAGCCGCACAGUCUCUACACGAACUCCAUCCACCACAUGCUCAACCUCUACGGUGUCGAGGCCGCGCGCGCCUCCAUCGUACGCGAAAUGUCGGACGUUUUCGAAGGUCACAGUAUCUCCGUCGACAACCGCCAUCUGAACCUGAUCGGUGACGUGAUGACCCAGUCUGGUAGCUUCCGGCCCUUCAACCGCAACGGUCUCGUCAGGGACGGCUCGUCGCCGUUUGCCAAGAUGAGUUUCGAAACCACCGUUGGCUUCCUCAAGGAUUCUGUCAUCGAGCGGGACUUCGACAACCUGAAGAGUCCCAGUAGUCGCAUCGUGGUUGGUCGUGUGGGCACCGUCGGUACCGGUGCUUUCGAUGUUCUUGCGCCUGUUGCCUAAUCUGCAUGAGUUUGUAUAGUGCCAGUAAUAUUGACUGGACUGGACUGGACGAGUGUGUUUUGCUGUAUAUGCUUUGCAAUUUUGAUCAUGUAUUUACUAUGCAUCUGUUUGUUUUCUUCUGUCUUCUGUAAUUUCCUUUCUCUUCUUAUUGUCCUGAUUGAUGUGUCCUACGAUCUUCGGAGUUCUGUUUCAGCGGAAUCAAGAAAAAACAAAAGUCUUGUUCUUAUUUUGACAGCAUUUAGAUGACAUCUGACGCCCAUUAGAAGCG